AUGGGUGCAGGGAUACAAUUACGAGUAUCAGACAGACGUCGGUGGUUGAUGCUUGGAGGAAAGUCAUCGGAUACGUCGUUUUGGUUGAGACUGGGAUCGUAUACUGUUGGAAAUGCCGCUGAUGCUGAGUUGAGCUCACUGUAUCGAAACUUUAUGGCCGAGCAGGGAUCCAAGUACAUACUGCAGCUUGCAGGUGGUGCUCUGCCCAUAACCAUCUCGUCGCCUCGCAUUGCAUGA